AAAUCUUUCCACCGCCUCUCAUGUCAUGCUCAGGGAGGAUUCGGUUAGACGUUCAAUGCAACCACCUUACUCUGGUCCUCAUAGAGUUAUAUCUAGAGCCGAGGACGGAAAAACGUGGUCGAUUGAUGUAAAAGGGAAACAGGUGACGGUCAGUGUCGACAGAAUUAAGCCAGCUUUCGUCGAGCAUUCUUUAGUAUAUCUCGUUCCGGCACCAGCACCGCGGGUUUCUGUGCCUCAACCAGCGCAACCGGACGCUACUGAUGUCCCUUCUUGUCCACUCGUGGCUCCGGCACCUCUAACUGCUACUCCUACGCAUACACCUCAAUAUACCACCCGAUCAGGUCGCAGAGUCCACUUCUCCAAACCUUUCGACCUAUGAUCAUUUUUCUCUUUUUCUGCGGAUUCUCCUUCUCUGUAGGGGGGUGGUGUGGCGUUUAUGUACGCACCUUUUUAUGAUGCGUAAGCCGGAACGCACGAGAUGUGGGAAACAGAAUAUAGU